AUGGAUGGCUCGACCCACCCACACGUCAAAGGAGUCAUGUACAAUAAUAGCUUGAUGGCCACAGAAUCCACAAUCCUCCGCGGCGAAUUGCUUCCCGUCCUCAAAAUUAUGCAUGGGCAGUUUCGCCAGGCCCGGUUCGCUUCUCACAUGAUCUCGCCGGUUUUGUUGAUAUCGCUCAUGGGAUUCAAAGCCCGAGUACUCGAAGUAUAUUUCGAGGAUGAGACUCUGGUCGUGCGUCCAACCAAGCUGUACGAUUUCACUCACGGCAACGAUGCAGCUUUCAAAACAUUUACCCAGUGGUAUCAUGGCAAGCCAAUUGGGGAUACUGUCCGCGCUUCUUGA